GAAAACAAAUUUGACCUCCCAAAAUCAAAAAAAGGAAACACAAAAAAAAAAGACCUAAAAUUCUUCACUUUCUUUAGUGCCAAAAAAUUCCCCAAAAAAAAACAAAAUAACCACUUUCGUUUUCUCCCCAAAAUUCAAACAACCAAAACAAGGUUCAAAAAAACUCAAAAAUGGCGAUCGCCGCCAUAGCAUUUUCUCUCUCCUCUCCUUCUUCUCCCUCUAACUUCAACCUCAACCUCAACUUUCACAACAAUCAUCGUUCUCUCUCUCAUCUUCCUCAUCCUUUAACCCUAACUUCAACCACCAAACCUUUCACUCCUUUUUCUCUCUCCUCAAACCUCAAUUCUCGCUCUCCUUCUCUCAUUCGCCGACACUUUCCUCUCCGAUUCUCCGGCGCAAAUUCCGUCGGAAAUUUCUCCGGCGGUGAAAACAUCUCCGGCGAAGGAAACUUCUCCGACGGCGGAAACUUCGGAGGUGGCGAUGGAGGCGGUGGAGGUAGACGUGAUGAUGAUCAUGAUGAUGAUGAAAAUGGCGAGAAUAAGAAUAAGAAGGAUGUGUUUAUGGUGUUAUCGGAAAUCGGAAGAUCGUUGGAAACUUUGCCGAAAGAUAUGGUGAGUGCGAUCGAAGAAGGUAAGAUUCCUGUGGAUGUUGUGAGGAGGUAUUUAGAGCUUGAGAAAUCGCCGUUUUUGCGAUGGUUGCUUCAGUUCGGAGGGUUUAAGGAACGAUUAUUAGCUGAUGAUCUGUUUUUGGCUAAAGUUGGUAUGGAAUGUGGCGUUGGUAUCUUCACUAAGACUGCUGCAGAAUAUGAAAAGAGAAGGGAGAAUUUCUUCAACGAAUUGGAAGUUGUUUUUGCAGAUUGGGUUAUGGCCGUCAUUGCAGAUUUCAUGCUGGUUUAUCUUCCUGCCCCAACUUUUGCUCUCCGACAACCUCUUGCAUUAAAUGCUGGACCUAUUUCGAAGUUCUUCCACAAUUGUCCUGACAAUGCUUUCCAGAUUGCUCUUGGUGGCGCUUCUUAUUCAUUGAUGCAGAGGAUAGGGGCCAUUGUGCGGAAUGGGUCGAAGCUUUUUGCUGUUGGUACUGCAUCCUCUUUGGUUGGUACAUCCAUAACUAACGCUGUAAUUAACGCACGCAAAGCUGUUGAUAAGUCAGCAGCUGAUGAAGUAGAGACUGUUCCUAUACUAUCCACCAGUGUGGCUUAUGGUGUGUAUAUGGCAAUUUCAAGCAACCUUAGAUACCAAAUUGUGGCUGGUAUUAUUGAACAACGAUUACUAGAACCCAUGUUUCACAAGCAGAAACUCUUGUUAAGUGCUUUUUGCUUUGCUGUAAGAACCGGCAACACAUUCGUGGGUUCAUUACUGUGGGUUGACUAUGCACGAUGGAUCGGAAUUCAAAAGGCUCAUGGUGAAGAACAUGCUUAGGGAGUAGAUUCACGUUGAUUUGCCAUCACACAAAACGUAGGUCAAAUGAUUAGUCAUACAGGAGGUUUGUGCCUCAUGUUACCAAGUUCUGUUUUUUACGCCGUGUUAAAGUGAACGGAAAAUUCAGUUGCAAACAUUGGUAUAUGCCUUCUUAUGCUAUUUUUGUACGUAUAUUUUUUCCCCAAUGAUGUCUUGAAAGUGAGGUGUUUGGAAGACGGAAUAUUUAUAAAAAUGGGAGUAUGGCAAUUGCUGAA